AUGGCAGCAGCUAGCGAACAGAGACCGCUCGGGGCCACCCCGCUGAUCGAUAUCAUAUCGCCCGCGCAGAACCUGGUGGUGCUCGACCACACCGACUCCGUCAACGAUGCCCUCCUCAGGCUGGCCCAGUUUGGCAUCCAGUCGGCGCCCGUCUACAACCGUCUCACAGACCAGUUCCUGGGCUCGGUGGACGUGAUGGACAUGGUGGAGUUUGUGGUGGGCGCCUCCUCGCAAUCGGGCGAGGCCGACAUGGGCGAGGCGAUGAAGCGCCAAUUCCAACGUCCGGUGUUUGACAUCAUGAAUGCUUCGGACACGGAUCCGUUCCUGCCUGUGCCCACGCACAGCCGUCUGGGUGAGGUACUUCACAUGUUCUAUUCACAAGGCAUCCACAGGCUGCCGCUGGUCGAUUCGCAAAACAACUUGGUGGGCAUUGUGAGCCAGUGGGACAUCGUCAACUUCCUCAACGAGCACAAGGGCCGCCACGAGUUGGUGAGACAGAUGAGCAAGUCGUUGUUCGAGCUCGACUUGGCGCCUGGCAAGGUGGUGUCUGUAUCGCAUCGGGCCACCCUCAAGGAUUGCUUCACCGCCAUCAUGGGGUACAAAAUCUCGGGAGUCGCCGUCGUGGACGAAGGCGGCCACCUGGUCGGCACCAUCUCUGCCUCCGACCUCAAGGGCGUGACGCAGGAAAACUUCAUCACGCUGGGGCUGCCGGUGGCGGACUUCCUCAAGGUGCGGCACAAGGAGGGCGCCCUCUCGUGCGUGCGGGAGGCCACGCUGGGCCAGGUGGUGGCGGUGGUCGCGCGCACGGGCCUGCACCGGGUGUUUGUCAUCGACGCCGCUCAGAAGCCCAUCAGCGUGGUGACCCUCACCGACAUCCUGCGCCUCGUCUCCCAUCACUUGCCCACCCACUAG